AUGACUACUAAGACUACAGGCAACCCCUGUGGCUUCGCUGAAGAAGACUUCGUCAUGGAGAAGUACAAAAACUACCCAUCCAGCUUCUGCGACCUACAAAAUGAGAAUCUAUUCCCAAGCUCGAAAUUCCCCAGAUUUUGUGAAAGAGAUACCCCUGCCGCGCGCAACGCCUAUACACUAAUCCAACCAGCGCUUCUCCUCAUAUCACGGAUCAUAGUGCAACACUGGGAAUCGUUUGGCAUCUUCGUUCGGCACCGACACCCAAGCUUCCCAGAUAUAUGGCAUGAAACUGAUGCGAAGCUGGAAUUAUCCAAGGAUGAGAUUCUUAGAUGUAUCAAAAACGCCAUUCCCGACAUCGACUUUGACCCUGCCAUACACCCAAGCUCAUCCCCAUUUGCAGAAACAACACUGCGCCCUAACACGAUGUCAGAUCUGAUAACCUUAGACUACAACAUCAUUCGACUCUUGAAGGAUUCGACUUCAACCCACAGUCAUAAACUAGCGGCCCAUGUAUUGAAGUUCCGUAGCAGCCGAGCUGGUCCAUUAUGCUCUAAUAACGAGCCAUUUGAAACACCCCCUGGUAUAACCUGCCGCGAGGCUGGCACUGCUUGGGAAACCCGUGAUGAGCUAAUUCAUGAGCGACGUGACCUAGUAAUAAAGAGCAAAGAUGAGAGUGACGUACGUGUUGAAUUGGGGAGUCCUAGGAAGAGGCAUAGGUCGAUUAUACCCGUCAAUAUCUGUGGAGGUAAGAAGGUGCAAAUGGACAUCCAGGAAAGGGCUUAA